AUGGCGUGGAGCCGCGCUGAUUCACCGCCGUUGACGCGACUGCCACUCUUUUCUGUUCUCGUUAUGCAAGUCGCAGCAUUUUCUCCUUUGCGUGCGGCGCAAGAGGCAUCUUGGAGGCCGGCGCGACAGACGGCGUCACCAGGAACAGCACCAGGGGAGGACAACCCGGAUGCCAGGGUGGGAUGGAGCCCACGGCCGACCGAUGCCCCGAAACCGGCGCUUGCUCAGAUGGAGCUCUUCAAGCGGCAGCAGCCCUACUCGAUGGGCACCGACACCUGCGGCUUCAUCUCGGGAUACCCAUCCCUCGCCGUGACCUGCGUCAAGGGCUCAGGAUACUGCACCAACGACGGAGUCGGCAACAUCGACUGCUGCACGGGCGAGUACACCGACUGCACCUCCACCAUGUUCUCCGCAUGCCUCGACUUCUCGGCCUCACAGCGCGGCGCGUGCGCUAGCAGGGGCCCGCGAACCAUUUGCUGCUGGGAGUCCAGCCCGGCCUGCUACACCCUCAUCUUUUCCACCACGGCCACCCCGGGUCGCCUCUUCUCCAUCCUGCAGUGUCAGAGCUCAGCCGGCGUCGAGAGUCUGCUGGCCACCCCGCCGGCCCUGCUCACGAGCAGUCCGCGAUCGUCCUCGUCGAGCAUCACGCAGAGUACCACAACGAGCACAAUAUCUACGACAACCUCGGCUGCCGGUGGCGCAGGCGCUGGCACCAGCGGCGGAGGAGGUGGGGGAGGCGGGGGAAGCGGCGAGUCGUCCCCAACACCGGUCGCUGCGAUUGUGGGUGGCGCAGUCGGAGGAGUAGCCUUGGUCGGGCUGGUUGUAUUUGCCAUCUGCCUCAUCAUGCAAAGGUCGCGCAGGGCCAAGAGUGGAUAUCAGCCGCCUCCGCAUCAGAUCGAGCAGGUUUCGGGGGGGCAUGUCAGCCAUACAUCCGCCGCCAAUCCCGGGGAUACCAUAUCAACGGGCCAGAACCACCUCCAGCAACACCAGUACGUGGACACGGCGGGGCUCCUACCAACCUUCAACAUAGUCAUCAUGCUCAUGGCCAGCAUCAUGGGCAGCAGUGGCAUCCUCAUCAACAGCUUCACGAACAGCCGCCGCAACAGACUGCCGAGCUGCCGCUAA